UUCCGCAUGAGUGAGUUUAGGAGGAGGGUGGUCAAAGUUCCCGGUCCAAAGUCAACAAACUGCUACAGUCUUAAGAUGAAGGACCCUAUCAGCACCUGCUCGUAUAACCAACUCUAUCAAAAUGUGAAACGGUUUUCAAAAUCCGGGGAGUACUUCUGCAGAGAACUUAUGACAGUUUUCCAGCAAAGGGCAGAGCUGGAACUUACUUAUUCCAAAGGACUACAAAAACUUGCUGGCAAACUCAUCAGGGCCUCCAAAGGAAUGUCAAACAAUUCCACCUACAGUGCCUGGUGUCAUGUGUCGGAUGAGAUGUACUCAAGAGCAGAUGCCCACAGGUCACUAGGAAAUGCAUUUCAGCAAGAAGCAAUUCUGGAAAUACGACAAGUCUUAGACGAGCAUAAUAAGAGGAAGAGACCUCUUGACAGUGCCAUUGAAAGAACUGGGAAACUUUUUACUGCCAAUUGGAGUGAACAACUUAAGAUAAAGAAGAAAUUGGUUGGACUAACAAGAGAGCAUGAGGCUCUGUUCAACUUUGUUGAGAACAACAGACAAAUCUGCACAGAAAAAGAAAAACAAAAGAUGCUGAACAGGCUGACUAAAUCGGCAGAGUUACAGGCGCGGGUGGAUGAUGAGUACUUUAACAUCAACAUGGAGGGUCAUCAGAUGAGGCUCAAGUGGGAAAACACACUGAAAAACUGCCACCAGAUCAUACAGGAGCUGGAGAAACAGCGGAUUGAAGUUCUCUUCAACAUAUUGAAUAGAUACAACCUCCACAUGUCCAGCUUUGGGCAAACCCUCCAACACGCCCAAAAAAAGAUAGAACAGACAGUGCAAAGGGUGGACAUGGACAAAGACAUACAAACCCUGCUGGCGGAAAACAGCAUCACAGCAGAAGAUCACAAAGCAGAGUUUUUGGUGGCUGAUUAUUUUGAGGAGGACAGCAAGUCACUGAUGGCCAAAGACCGAAGAAAAGAAGCCAUCAAACUCAAAGUCCAGCGUCUUGAGGCCAGUAUUACAAAGACAAAGAAAGACCGGGAAGGAAUUGAAAAACUGAUGAGAACGUAUUCUGCAAAUCCAUCUUUCUCAAACCAAAAGAACCUGGAGGAGACUGAGCAGCAGAUUGAUGAGAGUACCUUAAAACUGGAUCUCCUCGAGGCCACUCACUGCAAACUCUCUGUGUCACUGUGCGAGUUGGAGGGCAAGGCUAAAUCCUUUCAUCGAUUCAGUGACAGCAUUGUGAAAUGGAAAGAUAAGGACUGUGAGCACAGCGUUGUUCAACUGACUCGUCCAGUGAAGCUCCGCAGGACUCCCUUCAGGUCCCGACAGUCCCUGAGAGCUUCCAUCAUUUACAAAGGGCCGACUGAGUUUGUGACACAGCCGUCUGUGGAACAAGUCACUUCCAUAACACACAAGGCUGCAGAGUGUGACAGCACUGUUAAUGGAGCCUUGCCUCACACCAAUGAUGACAAAGAACAAGGUCAAAUAACACCAGAGCUGUGCAGCAUAGGAAAAUGCAAGGCCCUGUACGACUUCACACCUGAACAGGAUGAUGAAUUGACUCUGAAGGAGGGAGAUCUUCUAGACAUUUGUGGAAAGGAAGAGAAUGGUUGGUGGUUUGGCAAACUUGAUGGGAAGACAGGUCAUUUCCCAUCGACGUAUGUGGAGGAGCUGCCUGUGUUAAGCAGCAUCAAGUCAUCGGAUGCCUGACAACUCAUAUUCAAAAACACCCUGAAUCAAAGAGAUUCACUUCUGCAGUGAUGAAAAUGUAAUGGCAACAACUGAAAGACUCGUACCAACUAAAACUACAAGUUGUGUUUGUUCUGACA